CAGAACUUCGUCCUCAUAUUCAAAAUGAAGGAAGUGUUUUGAAACAACAGCGUAUUAAGGUUGUCACGAAUAUGGCAGAAUGUCGAAGCGCAAUAAGAGCGCUCUGGUCGCACUGCCAAGAAUAUCCAGUACUUGGUUUUUGAUUGUGAAUGGACGAGCGAUGGAACUCGAAACCCGGUUGCAAUGAUACAAUUGGCUUUUGCGUUCUCAUACACAUGCGUCAUUUUAAGGAAAUUCCCGAAGAGCUCAAGGGCAUCGUUAAAGUUGGGGUCAAUAUUCAAACUGAUGUACUGUAUUUGUUGAGCGACUAUGGUGUUCGUGUCGCGAACACACUGGAUCUCCGUUACAUGGCUGCAGAGGCUGGUUGUGUUCCCGGUGGAUUGGGUACUAUGUCUGAAAACUAUUUGAAUAUUGAACUUGACAAAGGAUAUGGAGGCUGGCAAUGCUCUAACUGGGAUCCACUGACUUUGGACAAUGGACAAAUUGAAUAUGCUGCCGAUGAUGGCCAUGUUGGCAUUGAGCUGUUCAAAUUUUUCGUUAAAAAAUCGUCUGAACCGGGAAUAUUUGAGUCGUGGCAUCGCUAUGCCACACGUAUUGUUGAUAAAUUUCGUUCCCGCUUUUUGAAUAUUGAUUAUAUUGAAACUAAUAACAGAACAAAUCAUUUCAGACAUUAUGAAUAUUGACAGAAUUACUUUUUUCAUGCAUGAAAUCCACGUGAGCUAUAUUCUUCAUGCUUAUGAUUAACUCGUUCAUCAAAAUUUAUACUUUGAGAAAAUGCACAAGGUUGCUGCAACAGCAAUAUACCACAGGCGAUCCUGGUGGCACCAGUUGUAAUGUAUUGAAAAAUACAUUGUAACACACAGGAUUUUACUAUCGGUGUCAC